AUUCUCCCAGCUAACCAGACCAGCAUUCUCUCUUCUCCCCCACACUGAGCUUCAUCUUUCUGCGGCUUGCCUUUCUGCUCUUCCGCUGUUUGCUCAUGUCGGAUGACGACGACGAGGCACCUGCGGCCCCCACUGUCCCCAAAUUCUCUAGCUUCAAGCCACCGGCCCUCGCCAACGCAGACACCACUUCAGGCCGUCACCAUCGCCGCAAACACCACAGUCAUCACCACAGCUCGCACCCCUCUUCUUCGUCCUCGAAGACCUCAGGAUCGCAUUCGAGACAUCACAGAGCUCAUGAGCAUACGGACCACCGUCAUAGACAGCCGUCCAGCCGCGCAGAGCACCAGCAUGAUCGGACGAACUCGAAGCGGUCUGAGCGGAGUGCUUCUGACCACAUAAGCUCUUCUAGACACAUUGAGCGAAGGAAGUCACCGAUCGCUAAAUCUCAAGACAAGCAGCAGCAGCUCGCGACUACAGUUCAGCAUGAGGAAACCACUGCAGAAACGCAUUGGACCACCGAGGCCUGGAUCCGUGAGACUGAGAAGGGAAACUUCAUAGUAUCGGCCAAAUUGCUUCCGACAAUAUCCUACGCAACUCGUGACUUUCAGCUGUUCAAAGUCGACUUGAAGGAUCACAAGGACAACCUGGUGUACGAGAGACCGUACAAGCGCCCGAAAUACUACAGAUUUGGUCAUGGCAGAAUCUUGGGACUGGGACGUCAGUUUUGGAUAGCCGAGCAGCAAGUAACCGAAGCUCGAGAGGGUUACGGAGGGGUGGAGGUUUUAGAGGCACCACGAGAUAGUGAAAUCAACGAUUCAUCAACCGUCUGGAGGCUAGAUCGCGAGCCGAAGCAUGUUAAGGUGGAAAAACGGAACGCGGUAGCAGAUCAAUUUCAGGAUGACACUGAGUUUAUACCCUUGACUAGUGCUACCAAGUCAGCACAGGAAUAUACAGGCAUUGAGUCAUUUGUUGGCUCUCUCAAAAAGGAAGCCAGCGAAGAAGAAAAUAACGAUCUCUCGUCUGAAGACGGCCUCGAAACGCACGCCGCGUCAAACAGCAAAGUCAUCGAGCUCUCCAAGGCAGUAGACCACUCACCCCAUGACGUCUCGCUAUGGUUCGCUCUGGCGUCCGAGAUGAUGACAACCUCCGCAUCAGAAAACAAGAAGGCAUCUACGGUCGUACGAGUUGAAAUCGGACUUUCGGUCUUUGAAAAGGCUAUUGCGGUCAACCCUGGCAACACUAGGCUCACUCUUCGGUAUCUGGACAUGUAUGAGAGCGUGAAUGGGAAGUUUUCUGCGGGCAAAAAGUGGAAGGAGAUAGUUGGGAAACAUCCUACAAACUUUGAGCUCUUGCAGGCCUGGAUCGAAUUCAUCAUGCGAGACUCGGCAACUUUUGAAUACGACGCUGUUCUUGCAAAGAUCAUCGAAGUGAUAGACAGUAUUCGAUCUCAGAUUCAGAGGCAGCGAGAUCUUGAGGAGAUCGAAGAAAGCCUGAUGCAUGCUAUAUUCAGGACUUGCAAGUUUAUUUUCGAAGCGGGGUAUGUCGAGCACAGCACAGCUAUUAUCCAAGGCCUAUUGCAACUCAAUUUUCUAGCACCGGAUGUUGCAGACAGACUUGCUUGGCUGAGCUCCUUUUGGGCUGGAGAAGAGCUUCGUAUAGGCGAUUAUGCCAGGACGAUAAGCACAUCGACAGAGACGGCUGAUUGGCUCUCAGAAGAAAUCGAGGCCUCAAAAUGCUUCAUGCCACAGCGGACUACAACUCUGAAUGAGCUUUGCGAUCCUUACUCGGUUAUAUUAUAUGCCGAUAUAUCUCCCUUCAUGUAUGUAUUCCGUGGAAAGAAAGCUAAAGACAAUUUGGUGUGGGCAUGCUUGAAGUUUUUGGGGUGCAAUGUCAAGAAAUCUGGGUUCAUGCCAUUUCUAGACCGUUGGGAUGAGAGGAUACCUAUAGCCGAUUUUGAACUCCCCGGACGGUUCGAAAAGAUUUACGACGAAAGACUGGUUGACUGCAUAGUGAGCUCGUUGCUGGGAGUUAUUGAUGACGACGAGCUCCUGUCCCUUUUCCUUGAAUGGAAGGUUCACGUCGAUCGCAGUACCGCUUCGGAAGCAGCUAAAAAAGUGCUAGGCCGACGACGGGAUAGUGUCGCGCUGUGGUGCUCUUAUGCCGAUAUAGAAUGGCAAAUGCAGAACAUUGAACGAGCAAAUUACGUCUAUGAGACCGCAGUAUCUUAUAUGGGCGAAAAAGACGAGGCUAUUCUUCUGUAUCGCUUCUGGGCUUCAGAGGUUUUGUUUCAUAAUACAAAAGAUUGCGUGCUACAAUGCUUGGGAAUUCUCUCGGGAGUAUCGGAUGGGAAAAAGAAGGCCGAUCCGUCACAGCAAGACAUAUCAGAGUCUCGUAUGAAGAUUGUUGAAAUACUACAGCGCUCGUUUCUGUCAAACAACUUUGAGAUUGCGGAAGCUGCUGUAGAAUGCCUACUCAUGCUCUUGUAUGCCGAGGCACGCGGCAGCUCUACGCCUUUGGAUUUGCCGCUGAAAGUGUACAGCGAGUAUAUUGAUCGAGUUGAAGAGCCAUCCGCACAUGAGCGGCUGAUGCUCUUUGUUGCGCGUUUAGUGAAGCUUGACAUGUCUCGAGCCACCACAUUCAAGGUCUCAACACUGCGAGAUCAUCUCACGAGAUGUAUCAAGCUAUACCCCCAAAAUGCCGAAUUUCUAUCAAUGUUUGCAUACAACGAAAGCAAGUACAGAAUCGAGAACAACGUGCACCGAGUAAUCAGUGAAGCGCUGGACGACGAGCAACAUCCCGCUCCGCUGAUAAUGUGGCGCUUUGCAGUCGAGUACGAGCGCAGUUUGAAGAGCGUACAUGGCGUGACAAAUCUUUUCGAACGCGCGGUUGAAAGUGCGAUUGGAAAAGGCUGUGUCGGGUUAUGGUUGGACUAUGCUGCUCAUAAGCUUGAGACGGGUACCAAAGAGGAGGCCAAAACUAUUUGGUUUAGAGCUAUUAGCGCUUGCCCUUGGUCGCGAGGUAAGCGUAUCUUCUAGAGAACAGCAGAACCUGCGUCCAGAAAAUGGAUUUACUGACAAUAUUUACUAGACGUUAUUAUCCGAGUAUUCC